AUGUCGUGGGUGAAUCCUUUUGGUCUCUUUCAAGACUUUUUAGCAAAAGUAUUUUAUAAAUAUGGCUUAAUUGUUAGCUACUAUCCACGACCUUUUAUUCUUAUACCAUUUGUUAUUACUUUUAUACUUUCACUUGGGAUAUUUGAAGUCAAAAUUGAGGAUGAUCUCAGAUUUCUUUAUUCACCAACUGAUUCGCCGGCAAGAUUUGAAUACAGUAUACAUCAGUCAUUCACUGGUGAUUCUAUUAAUAUUACACAUGUGGCAAUACUUGUUCAGCCACGCAAAAAUUUGCGUAAUUUGUUGACAAAGGAACUUGCUAACGAGAUAUUGCAUUUAAAUGAUUUCAUUCUCAAUAAUUUAACAGUAAUUUUAAAUGGUCAAACUUAUAAUUUUGGAAAAGAUAUUUGUAUUCGAACUUCUUUUUGUCCACUUAGUAAUACAAUUGUGCAGUUUUUUUUUGACUCAUUUUGGAAUGAUAAGUUGUGGAAUAGUCCGAAAGUACGACUGGAUUAUCCAUUCCUUAAUUUUUUCGAUAACAAAUUUUUCUUACCUUUUCAUUUGCAUGGUGUCAAACUUGGAGGAGCCAAAGGUAUCAAAUCAAUCGAAACCAUUCAUCUUCACUACCCGAUACCAUCAACUGAUCAUGCAAACGCAGAAACAGUCAGUGAUGCACUAGAGAUUUCUCUAAGACAAUAUUUAGCAACGGUAGAAGACAGCUUGAUUAAAACAACUAUAUUUAGCUUUUCAAUGCUCAAAAAUGAAAUGCAUAAAAAUGCUUUGUAUACAUUUCCGUUUAUUUCUAUAACUAUUUUGCUUUUGGUUGCUUUUACAAUCUUCAUGACAGGUGAUUACGUUACAUCAAAGCCACUGGAAGCAUUGAUGGGAGUACUGUCAUCUUCAUUUGCAAUACUUAGUGCCUCAGGACUUCUAUUUUGGAUUGGAGAGCCAUUCGUAAGCCAAGUUACAGUCAUGCCCUUUCUCGCAUUAGCGAUUGGCGUGGAUGACACGUACGUUAUGUUAGGGGCUUGGCAAGAUACUAAACGAAUCCUUCCUUCAUCCAAGCGGAUGGCAUUAACAUUGCAAGAAGCUGGCAGUGCAAUAACUGUGACUUCAGUUACUUCAUUAAUGUCUUUUGGCAUCGGUUCGUUCAGUACUACGCCUGCUAUCUCAAUAUUUUGCAAAUUCAUUGCAAUGGCUAUUAUUUUUGAUUGGUUCUAUCAGGUAACACUUUUCGCUGGUAUAAUGGUUCUUGGUGGUAAACGUGAAGCUGCUGGCUAUCAUUGUGUAUUUGUGUGGAAAAAAAUGCCACAAGAAGUCAUUGAACAGUCAAGACAAAGGCAUUCACAAUCGACAAUGCAUAAAUUGUUCUCUCAACACAUUGCACCAUUUUUAUGUCAUAAAAUAACACGGGUCAGUUUAAUUGGUAUUUAUGUGCUUUACUUAUUUGGUGCAAUUUAUGGCUGUUCAAUUUUGAGACCAAAUUUAACACCAAGUCGCUUACUGGUGGAUGAUUCCCCUUUGGCUAGCUAUCUGGAAACAGUUGAAGCAAAAAUAUGGCCUGAAGGAGUUAUUAGUAGAAUUAACAUUAUGCUUAAAUUAGCAGAAGAAUUGGAGCAUACAGCAAACUCACUUGGAAUUAAUUCUACUCAAUUUUGGCUUCGAGAAUUUCAAUAUUAUCGACAAUUUUUUGAAAAUAAUGAUGAAAAAUUCUACGAAACUCUCGAAUCAUUUUUGCAAAUUUCUUUCAACUCACAUUGGAAUACAACUUUUCUCAUCCAACAAAAGAAAAUUUUAUUUAUUUCAUUUCAAAAAUUGAAUAUUCUAUACUCAUUUGAGAUUAAUAAUUUUUCAUAUAUUAAAAAUAAAUGUAUUUGUCCUCAUAAAAAAUAUGUAAAACGUUUUUUCUUCACGACUGGUUUCAAGAUUAGUGAUUGGAAUGCACGGACAGCUCUAUUGCUACAAUGGCGUAAUAUAACAAGUCGAUAUGCUAAAUAUGAAGCUCUUGUUUUCGAUGACAACAAUUUCUACUCAGAUCAAAUGUUAGCAUUGCAGUCAACUACAUUAUCAUCAUUAGGAGCAGCAGUACUUGCGUUAAUUAUUGUAAGCAUAGUGUUUAUAGCUGAUAGCGCUAUAGUAUUUUGGGUGAUAUUUGCAAUGGUUUCGAUGGAUAUUGGUAUUGCAGGAUAUCUUUCACUAUGGGGUGCAAACUUAGAUCCAACAACUGUCGUCAAUAUUUUGAUGAGUAUUGGCUUAUGUAUUGACUUUGCAACUCACGUAGCGUAUCGAAUCUAUCGAAGCGAACAAGAAGAUCCUGAUGAACGAAUUCGAGAUGCUCUGGGAGCAAUUGGUUGGCCAGUUAUACAGGGUGGCACUUCAACACUUUUAGCGAUUACUGUCAUGAUAUUAGUACCUUCACAUGUAGUACGCAUGUUUGCGCGAACAUCAGUGCUUGUAGUUAUAACAGGCCUAUUUCACGGCCUUGUAUUGCUACCUGUUAUCAUAAGAUCAUUUGUAUGUUUUGAUUCUACAAAAGGAAAUACAAAUAAAAUUAACGGAUAGCU